AUGCAGGUGAAACUGGGUAGAACAGCUACCCCGGACACCACCAAGACGGUUGUGAUGGUGGGACCAGCAGAGCCGGGGGCACCGCAGCUGCCACGCUUUUACGCGGGCCGGGAGGUGCUCAUCACCGGCGCCACCGGCUUCAUGGGGAAGGUGCUGUUAGAACGUCUCCUUUCCCAAUGCCCGGAGGUGGGGAGGCUACACUUGCUGAUACGAGACAAGAGAGGGGAAUCCGCCCACAAGAGACUUGCUCAUCUUAAGCAGUCACAGGUGUUCGACAAUAUCCGCGCUCACCACCCGCACCAGCUCGACAAGUUGGCAGUGGUGUCUGGAGACGCCACGUUGCCGCAACUCGGACUUGACGAUUAUACUAUCGCCCAACUAAGAGAGGUGUCGCUGGUGUUCCACAACGCAGCCACCGUCAAGUUCUGGGAGCCGUUGCGCGUCGCCGUGUCACAGAACGUCACGUCAGCUGUCAAUGUGAUGGACCUGUGCGACAAGCUGCCGGCACUCGAGGCUUUGGUGCACGUGUCGACGGCGUUCACAAACGCGGAGCUGCAGGAUGUGGAGGAGCGUGUCUACGAGAUGGGAGUACAGCCGAGGGACCUACUGGAGGUGCUGGACGCACUCACACCAGAGACAAUAGACCAACUAACUCCCAAAUUAAUUCACCCGAAGCCAAACACAUAUGUAUUCACAAAGGCGCUGGCGGAAGUGGUAAUUGCCCAGAGGCAAAACCGGAAGUACUCCGUUACCAUUUUCAGACCUUCCAUUGUGAUAUCUGCACACCGUGCACCCUUCCCCGGGUGGAUCGAAGGACUGUCGGGAGCAACGGGCGUGGUGGUAGGGGCCGGUCAAGGCGUGCUGCGAGUCUUUCACAUCAAGAACGACGCGAAGGCUGACGUGGUGCCUGUGGAUGUUGCUAUCGAUAACAUGCUGGCCGUGGGUUGGGAGACUGCUACUGAUAGGCCUGUGGAGACCCGUGUAUACUACUGCGGAUCAGAGGAGCACACACUGCUGUGGACCGACAUUCGCGCAGAGAUAUUGCGCAGUGGCGCUGUCUACCCCUUUGACAAUGUGCUCUAUUACCCCUUCGCGUUUGGCUUUCAAAACAGAUACGUUUACAAGAUGUUGGAGAUUUUAAUGCAGACGAUACCGCUGUGCACAGCCGACUACUUGAUGACGUUGUUUGGGAUAAAGCAACCGGUGAGCUUGAUAAAAAUCGCUCGGCGUCUAAGCGCCAUGAGCCACGCGUUGGGCACCAUUACUUGCCAUGAGUGGAGGUUCAGUUACGACAACAUGCGCCGGCUCCGGGAAAGGUUGCAAAAAACAGACGGACACCUGUUCUACCUUGACAUUAGAGCUGUUAAUUGGCAGGAGCACAUUUCAAACUACCACCGCGGCGCCAGGAGAUAUCUGCUGCGACAGGAGGACACCGGCUUGCCUCGUGCCAGGAGACAUAUGAACAGGCUCCGUCGCAUGCACUACGUCGUCUGCGCGUUGUGUCUGGCGCUGAUCUUGUACAAGUUCACAACAACGCUGAUGCCGAAAUUGUCUUCGUUUACCUCGUACAAUACUUAA